AUAAAAAAAUAAAAAUAAAAUAAAAAUUAAACGAUUAGAAAUAGCAUAUUUUAUCAAUAAUUGUAACAAAAUACUAAAAAUAGAUGCAAAUAAAAAAGCCAUCAACCUUUCGUUUUUCCUUCCCCUUGACCGUGACUCCUGGGGUGAUUACGACAGAUUAACAACAUAUUAGCAACAGUAUCAGUUAGCAGGUCAGUUUACAGCACCAUGUUAAACAUUCUGAUAUGUGCACGUUGGUAAUUCUUUAGGCUUUACGCUUUGGAUAUUAUUUUUGUCUAAAUGAAAUGUUGGUUAAUAUCUACCAAAGACAACGCGAGGAGAGCGGAGAAGCACCACCGUCAUGCCUUUGCAGUUCAUAUGAAGCACGCGCUAUUGUAUUUUCAUAGAUGCUGCGUUUGCAGUGCGCAACUGAUCCAUGGCUGUUUAUCACAAACAAUACAUUUACUUAGGUUAUUUUUAUUUCAAAUGCAAAAGUUGUUACUGAACAUGGCUUGUCAGCAUUGCGAUUCUCUUUAUAUAUACACUAUAUUUCAUAGAUGUCACGUUUAAACGCACUACAAAAACGUUUUAUUCAUUUCAUUACUAUAUAUGAAGCAAUACUUUAGAUUUAUAUAUUAUGUUUCUCACGGAAGUGGCAAAACAUUUAAACGUAAGCGUUAUGUUUUUAAAUAACAUUUUAAAUUAAAACUUAAAAUAGACAAAAACAGGCGACUCUUUUCACCUUCACGAAGAGACGAGUGCUAUCUGCCAGCUAUGCCAGGUAAGGUGCCAUUUUCCAUGCUUUACCCGAGACAAAAAGCCAUGUGUAAACUUUGUAACAGAGACUUUAAAUUAUAUGCAUCUAGGGUGACCACCUGGCUAUUAAUCUGUUGCAGGACAGUGGAUGUGAUUUUGCGGGACAAUGCGGGACACGUGAGACAGAUACAUUUAAAACUGCUAUGUAAAUAUUGAUUUACAUUUGUUGGCAAACUUGGCGUAUGCGCCAAUUAAUGUUUCUGCCGGUGGGUGCCCACACUAUAAUGUUGCGCUUAUGGCAACAUUAAAUCCUGGAGAGACGACAAUUCUAGAUUUAGGGCUGCACAUGCAGUAGGACAAAGUUUGAGCACGCAGAUCUGAGCGAGAGCGCGCGCGCAUCCAGUUUUGUGCAAAGGAAUCCGCAAUUGAUGCGCUCUCGUGAUACAAUAAUGCGUUCUCGACAUUUUUCAAUAUAUAAUAACGCCAUAGAACCCGCAUUAAAUGAACUAUAAACGUGAAAAGAAAGUCGUGUCUGAACGUCGCAGUUUUGUAUUGGUUAAAACAAAUGGAGAAUAUCUCGUUUUUCCGUAGACCAUUUCCAUGGGUGGCGCUUGAUCGCCGCCGUUCAUUGGAAAUAUUUGCCAUCAGAAUGGAUGAUUACAUGCUUUAAAUCAUCGAUUUAGGCAGCUUUGAGCAGCUCAUGAGGUUCCUAACUAGUGAGAUGAAAUCCUUGCUGGUGUAGUUGUGUUUACUGACUUUGAUGAGGCCCGCACUUAUCCCUUUGCGCUGUCCACUCAGUUGUCAUCAACGGGAAAACCUCUCUCUAUAUAGAUUUCGUUGGUUGGUUAUUUUCACAGCUAGAAAAUGACGGCUGCACAAAUAGAUUUUUAAAUGCCAGUCACAGUUUUUAUUAUAUUUCUUACUGUUGUAUUGUAGUUUCAGGGAUGAAAAAAUAGACAUAAAUGAAAUGCAGGACACUGCUUAAGUCUUACGAGACGCUGGACAAAGCUCUCAAUUUCGGGACUGUCCCGCAAAAUGCGUGACGGGUGGUGAGCAUAUGCAUCUAUGGUGAAAUUACUAGGUUUUUUUGCGUCAAUACAUGUUUAUUUUAAUGUGAACAGUGCGCCGUCGUUUUAAUUCAGCGCUGUGCAGCACAGCAAAAAUAGACUCGGCGCGUAAAUGAUCGCUGCACUGCUGCAGACGCACCGCUCCUGGAACGCACUGCCGCAGUUUAAUGCAGUGUGAAAUCCGUUAAUAUGGCCACAGAACAAUGCGCACUGCAGAGUAUGUGUGAAACAGGCGUUAGUGCGUGUGCACCAUCGCGCACAGCGUUUGUAUACUUUAACCACCUCCGAGGAUAGUGGGGUCGCGAGUCACUGGCAUCUUUAUUUUGGGGUCGUGGGCUGAAAAGUUUGGGAACCCCUGCCAUAGCCUACUAUCCGGACAGGAUUUGAUUUGUCUUGUCACCUGUUAAAUCUCUCCUGCAUAAAUGAAACGCGUUAACGGUGUGAAUGCACCGUAGUGUGUUUUGUUUUACUAGUAAAAAUUAAAUUAGAGAGCUCUCUUACUGUAAUUAUUACUAGUAACAACUGAAUUGAAUUAAAGAGCUCUCUAAUUGGAAUUCUUACUAGCAAAAAUUCAAUUGUAGAGCUCAGUAAUUAAAAAUGAAUGGAAGUCAAUGGAGACAUAUGACUAAACCAAUUUGUUUUUGUUGUUUUGAUCAUUUGUUGAUCUCUCCAACUGGAAUUGUUACUAUUAAAAAUUGAAUUAGAGAGCUCUGUAAUUGUAAUUCUUAGUAAUAAUUGAAUUAGAGAGCUCAGCUGUGUUUUUUUCACUGCUUGAGAAAAUGGAUGUGGUGUGAGAGCAGCGUCUAUUUUGUGAGUGUCAGUCAUGUUGAAUGCAUGAGAGUUGACAGCCCUGUUUCCUGCUAUUGUAAAAAAUUAAAUAAAAAAUAAUCUGUUUACUUGCAAAUGAAUGCAACACUGUGUUCCCAUAAGAAGUAGCCGAUUUUCCUGAUCAGUUAAUUCUGCUGUAGAGUCCAAAUCUGCAUGAUUUGACAGACUCAUCUCCAAGAUACCAUGAAGGACAGAUUUUAGAAAAUACUCAAACCAGCAAAGUGCAGUUCCCAUAAUAUGCCCAAAGUGAAGAAUCAGAAUUCGGUACCGCAGAAUGAGGACACCAGCCACAUGUUAGAACUUGACUGAAACUCAGCAGUCAGUGGGUGAAGAGAGAGAGAGAGCAGUGUUGUUCUCUGAAGAAAUGUGGAUAAAAAUAAACAGGAAGGAGUGCAGAUAGUAAUCCACUGCCUGAUACUGAUACAGCUGGAAAGUUCAGGUAGAGCAGGAACACCAAAAAUCAAGAGUUCAGUGACCUGCAGAAUUUAAUUGCUGUCCGUGUGAGCGGAGUAAAGACUGAUGUUUGCUUUCCCUUCUGCUUUAUUUGACAUUUUGCAGAUUGUGUAACACUCAAACAAUGCUUUUUCUUAUGAUCAUCAAGUUAUAUUUACAACCCACUGCUUCCUCCUUUUGUAUAGUCAGAGACUUAAACUGCACUGCUGCAUGCAAAUCCAAGUAGGCUAUACCAUCAUCAAGGGAUGUGGAGAAAUGUGGUCUGACUUUGGACAGGAAAGGAAGUGCAGAAGAGAAAAGAAAACCAGCAGCACAGAGAAAUAUACGUUUGAGAGUGUGAUGGAGCUGCAGCAGCAAUUUUCUGUGUGCCUAAAUGAAUAUGAAGAGGGUGAGGGAAACACAGAAAACAGGGAGACGCAGAAAAAUGAUGCUGUUAAAACAGAAGACAUUUAUCAAACUCUUCAGUACACACCGGCAGAACAAAGAACUGUUAACGGUACAAGACUGUUCUCAGAGCGUUAUGAAAGGAAGUAUGUGUUUUUACUGUUUGCUGUGAACAUUCUUAUCUCAACCAUCAUCCUUAUCAUUGUGGGCCUAAAUUACUCUCACAACAAAGAAACACAACUAAUAAAAGGACAAAAAGAAGUGUGGCUUCUCUAUGACAACGUGUUUUAUUUGUUCUGGAGUGACGACAGUAACUGCAACGCUGCCGAGAGCUUCUGCUCUAAGAGGAAUGCCAGCCUUGCCGUGUUAUCUAGUCAUAACAAAGUCUGGUUGAUGUCUAGAACCAAUGGAAAGCAGUUUCUGGUCUUAAAAGCCUUAUCAGACGGAUCUGGAGAUGGUGAUUCUUCAUUUGAGGGUGACGAUAAUAAGUGUGGCAUCAUGACCUCUGAUGUUGAUACGGAUCAUGGAGAAGGAUUUGUUUGUGAGAAACCCAGAUUUUGAAGACAGCGGACUUUACUGAUGAUCCUUAUCUUCUCAAGCAGCACUUGCCCUUGUAACUCCAGCAGUUUGCAGUGAUCCAGAUAACCCUGUGUGCUUUCGUUGACCAAGAAUUUUGAAUUUAAGCUUUUUAAAUUUAAUGUAGGCUAUGCUUGGGACAGUUCCACAGGUCAAAGUUCAGCUUCCAGAGAACAAAUAUGCAUAGGCUAUAUUGUACUUGAUCUAUCUUGUUUUUUGUUUGUUUGAAUAAUUGUAUUGUCUGUCAGAGAUUGUCUCCCUUCAAAUCUUUCACUGAUUUUUUUUUUUUUUUUUGAAAAGCAAUCUUUUUUUUUUCUUCUUUUUUUCUUGCUUUCAAAACACUUGAUGAAUUAAUUUAUAGGUAAAUGGAAUCAGGCAGAUCUUUGGCUAUGGCUAAAGUUAUUCAAUAAAUUCUUAUGAUCACUUGG